AGAGCUCUCCAGUAGGUAUCAAAAAAUUCAAGGGCCAUUUCCUCAAAAGUGAGGUUACAUGUUUAUCAACUGUUGGGGAAUAAUCAGAAUUAGUUGGUAACAUAGGUUGUCUUGACACUUCCAUCCCAGCUGUGAUGUCUUUAAAACAGUGGCAAUUGACAGAGCUAGAACAAUCAUAUGUCCUGGACUAUGAUUACAAUUCAGCCAACGACUCCUAUUACUUCAACAUCACCUCCUUUGACCUGAACUUUAACACAUUCUCCUGUGCAGCUCAGCCCCUUUCUCCCGGUGCCGUCAUAUUCCUGUGUGUCCUUCACGUAACCAUCUUCCUAUUGGCUGUUCCUGGUAACCUACUUGUGGGACUCGUGAUUGGCUUCAGUCAACAGUCCCUGACCCCAUCCGACAUCUAUCUGUUUCACCUGACGGUAGCUGACGGGCUGCUGGCUCUGACCCUGCCCUUCUGGGCUGCUAACACGCUCCACGGCUGGAUAUUUGGUGACUUCCUGUGUAAGUUCCUCAGCCUGGUUAUGGAGGCUAGCUUCUACACCAGCAUCCUGUUCCUGGUGUGUAUCAGUGUUGACCGCUACCUGGUGAUCGUUCGCCCCGCCAAGUCCCGUAAGGGCCGCCGAAGGGCCUGCAGAUGGUACGCCUGCACCUUCAUCUGGGCUCUGGGGGGCGCCCUCUCUCUCCCUGCCCUCUUCAACGACGCCUUCACGCCCCAGAGCGGUGGUCCGACGAGGUGUGCUGAGCACUUCGACGUCAGCAGCGCCACCCACUGGCGGCUCGCUACUCGCGGCCUAAGCCACAUCCUAGGGUUCCUGCUCCCACUAGUAAUCAUGGUGGCGUGCUACAGCAUCACUGUGGCCCGGUUGCUGCAGACGCGGGGCUUCCAGAAGCACAGGGUCAUGCGGGUCAUCAUUGCCGUGGUGUUCGCCUUCCUCCUGUGCUGGAUGCCGUUACACAUGACGGUGAUGGUCGACACCCUGAUGAGGGCCAAGCUGGUGCGCUUCGACUGUGCUGUGAGGAACAGGGUGGACCUGGCCCUCCUGGUCACCCACAGCCUGGCCCUGGUCCACAGCUUUGUUAACCCAGUGCUGUAUGCCUUUGUGGGGGAGAAGUUCAGGGGGAACCUGGCUGCCCUGGUCAGGAAGUCACGAGGACCAGAGAGGGGGUCUUCGUCUCGAUUUAGCAGGUCCACAUCCCAGACCUCAGAAGGGAAUGGACUAUUAUGAUUGAUCUGACAGGUUGUCCCCACAUUACUUUGAAUCAGGUUUGGGGUCAAUUCCAUUUCCAUUCCACUCAAUUCAGAAAGCACCCUAAAAUUCCAAUUCCAAUGCUUUUCAAUGAGGCCAUUUUUUAAAUCGAAAUUUGGUUCACUUUCUGAACUGACUGGAAUUGAAAUGGAAUUAACUCCAACCCUGCUUUGAAUAACGUAUAAGAUUGUCCCUUUGUAACAUAUUGUAACCUGACAUUGAAUAUGUGCUGGCACUAUCAGGCUGCAGACUCAGAUCCUGUAUGUAUGUGAUCUUUAAUGUCCCUCCAUAUACCAAUGCCCCUGGUGCCUGUACAUGUAUAUAAUGCCCUCUGUUGUAUGUUGUAUUAGGUAAUAAAUACCCUGUGCUGCU